AUGAAUCGUCUGGUUGUACCUCUUUUCGUUUGGUCCACCAUUUUGGCAAGUAGAGUCCUGUCGUUGACGCCGAAUACCCUCAAUGGCCAACACCUCCGCGUCAUCUGGAGCAUAUUUGAUAAAGAGUCUGUUCUAUUAGAGCUAGCAGAUUUGUUGAUCCCGGACAUUUACCCAACAUAUCAGCGCAAUAUGGUAAUCGACAUGACGGUGGUUUGGAUAUUCGACAACUUGGCUUGCCUCAUUCCCAUCACAGAUGAAACGGCCAACAUCAACGCAGUCGGUAAACCUUUCCAAUGGCCCGUCUGGUUAGGACUAGGCAUAUCAAUGAUUUGCGUCAUCGCCAUCUUGAAUUUAAUGCAACGCUAUUUGGAAUAUCGAUCGACAUUUGAAAAGAGCUCAAACUUGAUGACCAAUAGUGGUCGACAAGUCAAGAAAACCAUUACCGGAAAACAAUAUCUUUAUGUUUUUGCCAAUUUGCUGUCUCAAGGAGGGCCUUGCACAUCGAAACGGUUACCUUACAGAGUAGUCGCUGGCGUUUGGACCCUGGCCGCUUUCGUCUUCGUCCAGGCCUACACUUCAACUCUCUUCACUUACGUCGUGAUGCCAAUCAAUCACCCGCUAGUCAACACCAUCAACGACAUUGCUGAACAUCCUGACAUUAAUUUGAUGGUUAAAACAGCGGGAACUAUGGAUAGGUUAAUUCUUAUCAUUUCAUUGAACAGAACGUGCACGGGCAUGUACAAGAAACUAGGAGAAAGGCUCAAUUCUAAUCCUAAUUCCAGGUGCACUCUAGUGUCCGACUGUAUCAAAUUAAUUACACCAGGAUCGCGAAAUGUUUUUGUGGAUGCGAAAGUUUAUCUCAUGGACGCCAUCAGGGCCGAAUUCAAAAAGACUGGGAAAUGCAACUUGCAGAUAGCCAAAGAAGGAAUCUUGACAACGUAUGCAACAUUAGUCCUAUCAAAACACAGUCCAUUCACCAAAAGCAUCAAUCAAGGGUUAUUGGAUCUGAUCCAAACUGGAAUAAUCAACUACUGGGACUUGUGGUUCCGCCCGAUGCCCGGCAAAUGUAUGAGAAAUUUUAAUAGUGGAUUCAACAUGCCGGACGAGAAACACAAGCCGCUUUCCCUUAAAAAUUUGUCCGGAGCAUUUGUUGUUAUUGCGGUUGGACUGAGCCUUUCCCUAUUGGCUUUUCUUGGUGAAAUGAUCGUUUCAAUGAAACCAGCCCGCCUCCGCUGA